CCAGCUGGUGACGUCACAACAACAUGACGUCACGUGUAUCGUCUGUUGUCAGUCUGAGUCAGGCCAGAGAGGGAGACACACCUAUUUUCACACGCCUAUUUCUCCCAUUUCCCAGCAAGCCAUGGUGCCGCCGCCUGACUGACUAAUUAACCAUCCUUCACACACACACACACACACACACACACACACACACACACACACACACACACACAGAGGGGGUGGAUGCACAGAGUUGAGGAUGGAUAGACAGACAGACAGACGCAAAACAGCAGCAAUGACACAAAAUUUAUGGAGAGAAUUGAAGGCAGCAACCAUGAGUGGCCGUGACAGCAGCCCCAAGAUCUCCCUGGCACUGCUGAAGGGGAGGGCGUCCAAUCAGAGCGUGCCCACCAUCAGCUUCCGGUUCGACCCCUCUGCGGAAAACAUUACACAGAUUUCGGACCAGGAGGAGGUCCUGGAGGAGCCUCACCAUGUCACAAAAGAAGAGGACAGCUUCACCGACACCUCCUGCAGCCUGGACGCAGGUGCGGGCUCCACAGCAAACAUGGGGAGGGCCGAGUCACUGCGAGAGGCAUCCCCGGUGAAGGAAGCCCUCGGACGUAGCCUUGGCAAGCGUUCCUCGUCUUUAGACAGCUCCAGUGGGGGUGUGGAUGGCCUCCCCCCCUCCCAGGCCCCGCGGGUGGGUGACGGAGGGGGUGGUGGAGGAGGUGGAGGGGGUGGAGGGCUGUUGUCGCGGAUUACUAAAACAUUCGAAGACAAGAUCAACGAGAUUCGGAAGGACAAGGAAGGAAAGGAGAAGGAACGGUUGUGUGCCAGCGAAGGGUCAACGGAGAGCGAUGGGGGAGGGUCAAGUGGGGGGCCUGACCGCUCGCCGACCUGCCCCGCACCCCUGACCGGCAAGAACGAAGAUCUGGUCCCGGGGGCGCUGUCAGGGUCACCUCCCAAGACCAAAACGACCCUGGUGCAGGACAUUACAGAACACACCAGCAAGAUUAAGUCUGAACUGGGGAGCAUCAGGCCCAAACUGUCCGAACUGCGGCAGCGGCGGUCGAAGGACGGGGCGAAGGGGAAGGACUCGAAGGGCAAGGACGUGAAGGGGAAGUCGUCGGUGUUCACGUCACUCCUUGGCCGCGACGAGGGAAUGGGAGAGGAGAUGCUGCUUGAGAUUGACGAAGGGGAGGUGGACCGCGCGGAGGAGGCCAUCGAGGCAACCACAGCAUUCCUACAGGACGCCGCAGGGACCCCAAGCUCCCCCACGCCCCUCAUGGAGACCCCCACAGCAGAACCGAUCAAGGUCGACACCACAGUCACUCUCAAGUCUCAAGUUCUAGAGGUUGCAAGUCAGGUUCCCUUCACAAUGUCAUUCUUCUAUAAAUUUCUGACGGCUCUGUUUGUCGUGGCGUUUAUACUCCCCCUGCCGGCCUUCCUGGGGGGGCUCCUGGUGGGGGUGAUGGUGUCUGCGCUGGUCAUGCACUGUAUCCUCCACUUCCUCCUGCCCUCGGGUGGUGAUGGCGGUGGUGCGUUUGUUGAUGAUGGCCCUGUGGUGCUGAAACUGCCGACUUAUGAGGACAAGCAGCUAUACAAGGGGUGGAUGAACAAGCUGGAGGGAGAGUACAGUCCAGACACCUACCAUGUUUCCCACACCCACUCUGUGCUGGUCAGACUGCAAGGGUCUAGGCUCAAGAUGGACUUUCCCAGGGGCAAGGUCCCUAAACACGCCCGACUGAAGGAGGAGAUAAGGAAUCAAACAUUUACUCAUCACUUGGAGUACGACCUCGCCGGCAGCCAGGUCAUGCUGCUGCCCAAGAACCUGCCACGCCGAUGGCUGUGGAGUCGCAAGUACCCAAUCUGCAUCCAGCUGGCCGGCUGUUCCAAGGAGAGCUCCCCCUCCCCGGUCUCCAUCACUUCCACCCCUGCCGGCUCAGCUCACGGCAGCCCCAUGCAUUUCGCCAGCCCUGGGCCACCCCCAACACCUCCAUUCGACCUGGGGGGGCGGCAGGGAAGCUCGGAGAGUGGCGAGGGGAACUGGAGCCUUGAGAAUAAUAGAUCGUCAGGUGAAGAUGAGCUUAUGUCAUCUUCACUGGACAUGGCAUCGUUUGAGGAGGUGACCAGGGACAUGUGUCAAGAGAAAAUGGUGGUGCUGUUUGCCAGGUGUGACCGCGAGAAGGACGACUGGUUCCGGAGGUUAGUGGCUGCCUCGGUGCUUCCCCCAAGCCGCCCCCAACGGUCCUCCCCCAGCCACAAGCCCCUGCAGGACCUGGGUGACACUAUCCUGCUGGAGGGACUGUCUGACACCCCACUGAAGGAGGGCCAGGAGAGCAGUGGAAGCAACACCCCACCGGAACUGUCGUUUGAACGCUACAUGGCCCGCCUCCUCUACCAGCCCCCCUCGUCUGCCCCUGCCUCAGCACCCCCCUCCACCACCCCCGGCCCCGCCCCGCCCCAGGACCCGGCCAGCGUGGCGUGGAUCAAUGCACUUGCUGGCCGGAUAUUCUAUGACUUCCUGAGAAAUCCGUUUUGGGCCAAUAAGGUGCAAGAGAGGGUGCAGCGCAAACUCAGCAAGCUACAUGUUCCGUAUUUUGUUGGCGACCUGGUGGUGUGUGGGGUCAGCAUGGGGUCGGCCACGCCCCACCUGCUGGCCGCCGGCACCCCACACCUGGACUCCCGGGGGCUGUGGGUGGACCUGAGUGUGGAGUACUCCGGCAACUUCACCCUCAGCCUGGAGACCAAGCUGGACCUCAUGAAGCUGAAGCGAUCUGGCGAGCUGGACCAGGCGCAGCACACCAGCCUGGCCCAGUCCCUGCCGCCCAGCCCCGGGGAGCCCGCCCACCCCAGGGUGUACACGCGCUCCCCCUCCUCGGACAGACUGCUGAGGAACCUGCACUUUGACACGGACACGGACGACAGCGUGGAGUCAUCCAGCGAAGAGGAGGAGGAGGAGGAAGGCACACUGGCCGAGGCUGGCCUGCCGACGGGGGGCAGCGGCCCCACGUCGCGGCGCUUACUGCGGCUGGUGGACACCGUGGCGGCCUCCCGGUACUUCCAGCACGCGGCAGAGUGGCGGCUGCUGCAGCGCGCCCUGCAGGGCGUCAGCAACACCAGGAUUGAGCUGAGCGUCGAGGUGCGCCACCUGUCUGGCACCCUGGCGCUCAACGUGCCCCCGCAGCCCACAGACCGCCUGUGGUACGGCUUCCGCGGCGCCCCGGAGCUCACCAUGGUGGCUCGGCCGCGGCUGGGCGACCGCGCCCUCAGCCUGCCCAUCCUGGUGGAGUUCAUCCAGCGGCAGCUGAAGGUGGUGUUUGAGAAGGUGUUUGUGCUGCCCAACAUGGAUGACCUGGUCAUCCCCAUCAUGUCCCCGCUGCUCCCUGGCCAGCACUGCCCCCCGCGGCCCCCCUGGGAGACCACACACCCCCACUCCCCCCCAGACGCCCCCUUCGCUCCCCCACUGUCCCCCCCAAGGGCCACGCCACAAGUCAUCACCCCUAUAGUAAAGUUUACGCCGUCUUCACACUGAUCUGACUCUGGCGGCCAGCACAAGGUUGUCUGUGUGUGUGUGUGUGUGUGUGUGUGUAUACAUGUGUGUGUGUGUGUGUGUGUGUGUGUGUGUACGUCUGUUUGGUUCUAGUGGUGUUUUUUAUAUCUAUUGUGUGCGUUGGUGUGUGUGUGUGUGUGUGUGUUUCUUUUUCUUGUAAAGUUUGUGUUUUUGCUCUCUCUCUCUCUCUCUCUCUCUCUCUCUCUCUCUCUCUCUCUCUCUCUCUCUCUCUCUCUCUCUCUCUCUCUCUCUCUCUCUCUCUCUCUCUCUCUCUCUCUCUCUCUCUCAGUAUACCAAUAAUUAAAAGAAAAUUGAGUCAAAGAAAAAAGAUAAAAACAUAAAUAGAGAAAGACGAAAAAUAAGAAUGAUAAAUGAAACAGAGAGGAAUGAAAGAAAUAGGAAUAAAUGAAGAACAAAUGAAGGAGUAAAGGAAAGCAAGAAAAAAAAGGAGGAGGAACUAGACACACACACACACACACACACACACACACACACACACACACACACACACACACACACACACACACACACACACACACACACACACACACACACACACACAC